AUGGGAGCCGCACGUAUUAAACGGCGCUUUAGUGCAGGAGUGGACAUUCCAGUUGAUGAGGAGGAGGUGAUGAAGCUGGCUCAAAGUGAUGAUGUUACCGAGACUCGGCUCUCACCCAACUGCAAUGGAAAGCUGCUCAACUUGCACCACAUCAACAGCGGGCAAGAAUGUAAUGCUGGUUGGAAUGAGGAUGAUGAGGAUGAUAUUUCUAUCAGCUACAUUGAAGCGGUGGAAGAACGAAGAGAAAUAGAAAGAAACCAUUACUUGGGACUACCAGUUACCAGUCACGCAAGGAGAGAAGUAAAUUGCGAGCAUGCCGAUAGGUCUUUUUCUGCCUCUCCUUCCCUUUCGGCCCAUGAUUACCUCAGUGUCGGACAUCACCGCUUGCCUCGCAAGCGUUUUGUGGGCAAAGACGGUCGCUGUAAUGUCACUUUUGUGAACAUGAAUAACAAGAGCCAGCGCUACCUCACUGACCUCUUCACAACCUGCGUAGACAUUCGCUGGCGCUGGAUGCUGGUCAUCUUCACCCUCUCGUUCUUGCUCUCCUGGCUGUUUUUUGCAGUUGCUUUCUGGCUUAUAGCUGCUUGGCAUGGGGACCUUAAUCCCAUGCAAUCAUCCUCCAUCACCCCCUCUUCCUCCAUGUCCUCAACCACCUCGUCCUAUCUUUUGGCUUCAACAGCGACCGGAACGGUGCACUUCGAGGCUCUAGUAGAGCCCGAGGAGCCUUGCUUCCAGCAGGUGAACAGCUUUCUGGCAGCGUUCCUCUUCUCCCUGGAGACACAGACAUCUAUAGGGUACGGUUUCCGAAGCGUGACUGAAGCCUGCCCCCUGGCGGUGCUUGCUGUCGUCUUGCAGUGCAUUGUGGGCUGCAUCAUCGACGCUUUCAUCAUCGGGGCGGUCAUGGCUAAGAUUGCCAAGCCCAAGAAGCGCAACGAGACGCUGGUGUUCUCGGAUGUGGCCGUCGUGGCUAUGAGGGAUGGGAAGCUCUGCAUGAUGUGGCGCGUGGCAAACCUGCGCAAAAGCCACCUGGUAGAGGCCCAUGUCCGAGCACAACUGUUGAAGACGAGGGUGACCCCAGAGGGGGAGAUUCUACCAUUGGACCAAAUAGACAUUAACGUGGGCUUCGACAAAGGCACUGACCGGAUUUUUUUGGUCUCCCCGCUGACCAUCGUUCAUGAGAUUGAUAAGGAGAGUCCGUUCUUCAAGAUGGACCGUAAGAUGCUGGAGUCGGACGAUGAGCUGGAGUUGGUGGUCAUUCUGGAGGGCAUGGUUGAAGCCACCGCCAUGACCACACAAUGCCGCUCCUCCUACAAAGCCUCCGAGAUCCUCUGGGGCCACCGAUUCGAACCUGUGCUCAUUGCUAAGAAAAGCAGCUACCGGGUGGACUACUCGUACUUUAACAGGACGUACAAGGUGCCGGGCACACCGUCCUGUAGCGCCCAAGAGCUGGCUGAGAGGAAGUACAUCAUGGGCUCCCGUUCCUCUUUCUGCUACGAGAACGAAGUGGCUCUGCAGCUCUCCUCUGCUCCUCCAUCCCCCAACAUAAUCUCUCCAUCCCCCUCUAUUGCUCCUUCGUGCCCUCUCCUCGCCCCCCGACGGGACUGAGCACCCACAACGCCGGGGGUCAAAGGGCACCGGGCAGAAGGGAGAACUAGAGUCACAAAAGUGUGAAUAGAGAGGACGGAGCUGAGGGACAGGGAGGAGGUUUGGACGCUGGACAGAACGUCAG